UCUUUUCCUGGACCAAUCUGCUUCACCAGAGCUCAGGAAGUGGUUAUUCAACACCGCCUUUAUUACAUCCUGCCACAGUACCUGUGCAGCGUGCCACGAAAACGUGAUUAAGAUCAGUCGCCAUAUCGAAUGUAAAAGUGGAACAGCUGGUAGCGGUUUUACAGCGCUGGGAUCUGAUCGUGAAGAUCUGGUCGGCCGGCGUAGCCCCCGAAAUGGAACCGGAACAGGAUCAUGAUAGCGUCGUAAGGGACAGCAACGUUUUCUUAUCGCCGUUUGUAUCGGUUGGAGCAUGCUUUGUGAUAUCCGUUAUCUACGUGGCUAGUUUAUAUGUAUGGAACUCGAAGCAUGACCGCGACCACCCUUCAACCAUAAAACGACGUUUUUUCAGUGUGUUUGUAGUAAUGAUCAUAGCGCCGUUCUUCGUGCUAACCCUUUCCAGUAGGGACGUGUUGCAACACUACAGCAUGUGGCAGAUCAUGGGUUUUCGGGAGGAGGGCUUGCUCACCGCAACAUUGGUGCCACUGUUACUAACGGUGGUCCUGUUCCUCGGGCCCCUUAGCGUCCAGCUGUCGAACGGCGUGUGGCGCAUAUACUCAGAACCGAUGUACUGGCUGAACGCGGUGCGCAAUUUGGUCUGGCUGCGGAACCACGUCGUUGCCCCGCUGUCCGAGGAGUUCACAUUUCGUGCCUGCAUGUUACCGUUGCUACUGCAAACGUUUCGGCCGUCGAUUGCCAUGCUCAUAACGCCGCUACUGUUCGGGCUGGCCCACUUGCAUCAUAUCAGGGAGCGGCUCAAGAAUGGCCGUCCAUUGCGGGAGGUGUUGAUAGUUUCAUUUUUUCAAUUUUUCUACACCACCAUCUUUGGUAUUUAUUCGGCAUACCUAUUCGUACGGACGGCGCAUUUCGUUGCGCCGUUUGUUGUGCACGCCUUCUGCAACCACAUGGGGUUCCCGGACGUACAAGAGGUGCUCUCGCAACCGGAUCAUAGAAAGUACCUAUUUUUUGCCUUCUAUGUGCUGGGGCUCAUCGGAUGGAUCGUUCUCCUACCCACACUGACCACACCCAGCUGGUACACUAAUAACCUAUUCUGGGCGAUCAAACUCUAGAGAAAGUUGAGACAAUAGUAUAACACUAAGAAAUUGCCCUUGCUCCCGUUGGUGCCAUUAUAGAAGUAUCAUGAAGUGACGGAUGGGUCUACCCUUUCGUUUGUAAACUGUUAUGUGUUCAGUGCUAAUCACACUAAAAUAGCUAAAUCAAUCGUACGAUAGACUGUAUGUUUCACAUAAACGUCCCCUUCUUAUUUAAACAAAUAUCCCUAUUUAAUACAAUCUUCUGCGUUACUUCAUUGCUUAAACUUUGUAGUUAACAGAGUGGUCCCACUCAAAUGAUAAAACGUUUGAACAGAGACGGAUACGUAAUUGGAAACUAUUUUCUGUACCGGAAAAGGUACUACGACAUGCUGCCCAGAUAUAAGUCCUAAUUUUGGCAGGAUACGAAAUACGAAUGAUAUCCACACAAUAGUGCCCUUCGAAUUGGUGAAUACAAUAUGUAAACGCUUACUCGUGAUAGUGAUAAUUGCACGGAUUUAUAGGCUUUUUAUCUUGAAAUAAACUAAAAUUGCUCAUUGAUUUCAA